AUGACGGUCACCUACACGGCCAGAGUCGCCAACGCCCGCUUCUGUGGCUUCUCCAAGCUGCUGCUGGUGUGGAAGGGGAGCAUCUACAAGGUGCUGUACAAAGAGUUCCUGGCUUUCUUUGCCAUGUACACGGCCAUUAGCGUCACUUACAGAUUUGUCCUCUAUGAUGACCAAAAGAGGUACUUUGAGAAACUGGCGAUUUACUGCAACCACUAUGCCAGUCUCAUCCCCAUGUCCUUCGUACUAGGUUUCUACGUGACCCUGGUGGUGAACCGCUGGUGGAGCCAGUACACCAGCAUCCCUCUCCCUGACCGGCUCAUGUGCGUCCUGUCGGGGGGGCUCCAGGGCAGCGACGAGCGCGGCCGCCUGCUGAGACGCACCAUGAUGCGCUACGCCAGCCUGUCAGCCCUGCUCAUCCUGCGCUCCGUCAGCACGGCCGUCUUCAAGCGUUUCCCCACCAUGGACCAUGUGGUGGAGGCCGGAUUUAUGACGAGAGGGGAGAGGAAGAAGUUCGAGGGUCUUCACUCGCCCUACAACAAAUACUGGAUCCCCUGCGUCUGGUUCACCAACCUGGCUGCUGUGGCCCGCUGUGAGGGCCGGGUCAAAGACGACCACACACUCAAACUGCUGCUGGAGGAGCUGAAUGGGUUCAGAGGGAAGUGCAGUAUGUUGUUUCAUUAUGACAUGAUCAGUGUCCCCCUGGUCUACACUCAGGUGGUCACUUUAGCCGUGUACAGUUUUUUCCUGGUGUGUCUGAUUGGUCGUCAGUUCUUGGACCCGAGUCAAGGUUACCCAGGUCACGACCUCGACCUCUACGUGCCCAUCUUCACCCUGCUUCAGUUCUUCUUCUAUGCAGGGUGGCUUAAGGUGGCGGAGCAGCUCAUCAACCCCUUUGGAGAAGAUGAUGAUGACUUUGAGACUAACUGGCUGAUAGACAGAAAUUUCCAGGUGUCCAUGAUGGCAGUGGAUGAGAUGUACGGAGAUCUGCCCAUGAUGGAGAGAGACCGCUACUGGAAUGACUCCAACCCCCGGCCCCCGUACACCGCCGCCACCCUCUUCGUCCUCCGCAAACCCUCCUUCCAAGGGUCCACUUUUGACAUGGCGGUCCCUAAGGAGGAGAUGCACUUCCAGCCUCUGGAGGAAAUUGCUGAGAACAUGGAGGAGUCUAGCAAUCGUCACCCCAACAUGGCCCUGUUUAACCGCCUCCUGAACGCAGCUCCAUCCCCCACCGGCCUCAUGGGGGGGGCUCUUCGCCGCACCUCAGCCCAGCUCCAAAGGCUACGCCACUCCCCCAGCAUUGACCAGUGCACCAGCGACGAUGAUGACGAUGACAGUUGCAAGAUAGGCAAAGGGGGGUCUCUGCCCUCAGGGCUGGGGCAGGAAAACCAGAGCACCGGGUCCAGUUUCACGGAGGAGAAGAACCUCAGAACACCUCUGCUGGAGAUCGAGUUCGGGGCGGAGCAGGAGAGGCAAGGAGGGCAGCCCGCCUUCACUGACAGGAAGGAGGUGAGUGGAGCGGAGGGGAGGAAUGAUGAAGAGUGGCAGAUGAGGGAGGAAGGAGGGGAAGAAGAAAGCACUACAUGGGAGGCCCAAGCUCCUGUGUCAGUGUCACUGCUUCCUCCUCCCUCACAGCCGUCCAUGGAGACGUCCACUCGACCGGCCUCCACCGUUCCCAUCACCUGCCAUCACACCUCCGCCUUCCUGUUCCACCCGACUGCUCACUCCAGUCUGGAGCACUGCAGCUCCCAGCCGGCCAUCAACCACAACAGAGCUGUGCCCACAAUUCCUAAACCCCCGUUUGCCGGGAAGAAAAAGUCCUUCCUCACUGUGCCCACUUACAACGAGCCUCAGCGCUUUCGCAGUGUGAGCAUGGGCUCGGAUCUCACUGGGUCUUAG